GAGAGAGCGAGUGACCGACCUACCUACUGACGGAACGACUGACUGAAUGCCUAAGUUGGCUGGAUAAGACGAAAUUUUCGCAGAGUAGCUGGCCUUCAAGGAAUUUCUUGAUGGGAGAAAACUAAAGCGAAAGACUGACAUGGAGGGAAGGAACGUGUGCCAUGCUUUAGUGUGAACGCGCGGUGUGUAUGCCUACCUUUCAGGGCAUACAACGCCUUUUGUUCUGACCGGUGAACAUACGUGCGCGUAAAAACGGUGAGCACACAAGGCACAAUGUUUUUUUUUUCUUUUUGCAUUUGUUGUUUUUUGUGUUUACUUUUUCAACUAUAUGUGAUUACUGAACCCGUAAUUUAUAUCUAUUUUGGGCUCGCCUGAGUGCUGUCACCACAAGCUGUUAUAGUGUGCAGAAAAUCGCGCAGCGUUGUUUGAAUCCCAUUUGCUGAUUUCUGCCGUUAGCAACAGAUGGAUUCAAAGAAGCUGUGCGGACAAAGACGGAAUCACUAGCUAUCAGGCACAUGGUACCGACCAAGACGUGAAAUCCUGCAAGAUUAUUCGUGCCGCAUGCCUCUUUUAUUCGGGAAGAAGCGGUACAUACGAAAUCGCUGCUACUGCUUCCACUUUGAAUGCCAAUGACACGACAAAUACCUCGACCUUCGCAGAAGAUUGCGAUACUUGUGUUCGCCCGCAUUGUGGUCCCAGACGCACGAACAGCAGACGACGCAGUUGUUUUCAUAGCCGCAGCCGGAGCCGGAUUGAAGGCCGCAUCGAUCCGCACAUCAGGACACUGCGAGAUGGGCCGUGGGAGUGAAGGGGAACGGGGAGCGGCGAAGGGGUGCUUGGCUGGCGACGAGCAGGGUAUAAGGGCCGUGCCGGCCUGCGUCGGUCGACGGAGGGCGCGCACUACGGGGCCUCCGAGAACAGCCGCGGUCGAAGAGAGAAAGAAGAAGAAAAAAAAAAAAGAGACCCCGUCUCGGCAAAGAUGGCCGCCGCCUCCGUCUCCGAUGGCGGCGCGGGAUUGCGGGUUGUCGGCAACGGUCAGGACAAGCAGACCCGUGGGUCGGCGGGAUACUUGCUGGAAGACCCCGAUGCAGACGACAUCAUACACAAGACGAUCCUGGUUGGCGACAGCGGAGUGGGCAAGACAUCGUUGCUGGUGCAGUUCGACCAGGGCAAGUUCCAGACGGGCUCCUUCUCUGCUACCGUCGGCAUUGGCUUCACGGUGAGGCUCCUGCUCUUCCCGGCUGCGGUUGCACACUCGGUGGCAUUCAACACCAUGCGCACGCGCACUAAAAAAAUAAAAGAAAAAAGAAAUCUGGGUAAGGUCGUAAGAAAGUGUCAGACUUUGCUGUAAUUAAGCCGAGUAGGGAAUGGCGUAUACGAUCCUUUCUAUUCCUCCUCAUCUUUCGUCAUUCUUCUGAGCAGUUCUCACGGUAAACACUGGAAUUGCCUUAAUCGGCUAGACCGGAGCGGUGGAUGAUAAACACGGAAUGGAAUAGGGCGAAGACAAUUGUUACAUUACACUGGCCUGACAGUCAGGCUGAGAGUUGAAAUACCUGUUACGUAUCGGACCAUCAUUCAAGGGCAAAACAAUUGGAUGUGUUGUCACUUGGGAUUUUCGUGUAAUUCUUGUGAAAUAGGUGCCAAAAUCCAUUAAUGAAAGCGAAGAACGAAGAGCGUGUUGUUGUGCCCAAAGGCGCGAAAACUUUAGCUGAAUUCGGGAAACUUUCAACCCAGGCCACAAUUUGAA